ACCUAGUUAUUUAGUCAUAAUCGUUGGUAUUUUAGCCGAUUCUCGUGAAAGGCUGUCACGCCAUUUGUGUUACACUCCGAAGCACGUACGCAUCCUUUGGUUAAACGUCGUUGUCGUGUGUCGUGUUUGCAAAUAUUAAGUUCUUGCCGCUGUUUGCGUUACACGCCGACGCACGUACGCGUUCGUACGAGAAUUUAUCACACCCGUGUCUGCGAAUAUUCAGUUCACGCGGCCAUUUUCGUCUCACGUCGACGUACGGACGCAACCUCGUAUUACGCAUUACCCUGUAAAUACCAUUGUACAUAAGGAAAUAGGUGAACCAUAAGUGAAAACACAAAUACAUUAUAAUGAGCAGCAGUAAAGGUGUUGUUAAUCGCAAUUCUAAGACGUUAUGUGUUACAAGACCUAAGAUGAAAAAUGAACAAGAAAAAUCGCAGGAACCGUGUUCAACAAUAGGCAAGAAGAAAAAAAAUCUAGCUCGAAGUGUUAAGAAAAAAGAAAAAGAUGAUUUGAUGAAGAAAAGUAAAGUAGAUGGAGGCUUAAUGAUGACGUCCAGAAAACUUAAUCAAAAAAAAGUAGUAACUCUGUCACCAUCAGCAACCACUUUUAAUUCUCAUCCUCCAGUUGACUUUGUUUCUUCGUUUUUAGAAAAGAAUUUGAUGGGACCUGGGAAAAAACCAAACUUACGUAAUCGCAUACCGCAUCCUUCUAAAAUACAAUCAAGUGCUGUUGAAAUGCCACCUGAUGAUUCUAGUGUCAAUAUCAACUUCUUAGAUGUAUCAUUUGGUGCCUUUGAUCUUUCUGAUGAUACACUACAACUUUGUGAUCCAUCACAGGAACAAAAUUCAUUGCCACCUGUCGUUAAAUAUGAUGACUCAAUUGCUCAGAAAGUAGAUUCUGUCCUUACACAAACUGAAUAUUCAACAAUCUCUAAUCAAGCUUCAAUUCAAACUCAAAGAUCACUUCAAGUAAAUCAAGCGCCUCAGCCAUCAAUUAAAAUUUUGCGGCGCCCUAAUGUUCCUCGUUCUGCUGAUUAUUUAACUAAACAGAACUCUGCAGUUGCUAAUCCUUACCAAAGUAUUAAUGCUGGACAACCGACAUCAAUGUAUAAUUCUUCAGUUUAUUCUAAUAAUCCUCAAGGUUUAUCCAGUCAUACAAGUUUGUAUGGUACAACUGCAUCCAACAUUGGUAGAAAUAGUUCAAAUUCCCACAAUCCUCAAUUUUCUCAGUCUAAUUAUUCAAAUGUAAAUGCUAAUUACCCUCAAACAGACCCUCAGUUCCCUUCUUAUCCAUACCCAAAUCCUUACUCAUAUCAGGCAUCUGGAAUUUCCCAUCCUCCUAUCGUAUCAGAUGCCAAUUUAGCAUCAAUGUAUUCCACUUCAACAAACUACAAUUAUAUGCACCAAAAUAUACAACAAAUUGGGAAUACAAGCUUGUCUAAGUCAACAGUUUUGUUGACUUCAACUACUAAUUCUACUAGAGAAAGUCUGUACUACGAGUCCCAACCUUCAAAUAACUCAUGGACAUCAAGUGCUAGCAAUCCAAAUGGAAAUAUUAUAAGUGAUACAUCGUCAAGCAUUGGAUUCGAACAGAGUACUUUAUUGACUUCAAAAACGACUACACCAACAACAAAUGAAAGUGGUGUACUGUCGGAAAUGCCUCCUGAUGUUGCCCCACUUGUUGAUGAUCAAUAUAUCUUCAGCCAGAGGUGUGUUGCCGGACACUAUAGCCAAUUUCACUCUGCAAUGUAUAGCGAGGAACAUUUACAAAUGGUGGAAUCAAGGUUGCCUCAUCAUAAUAUGACUAACUUUUAUUCGCCCAAUCCAAUGUAUCCUACUGUAUCAUCAAGUCUGAUUGGAAGAGAAACUGCUGAACAUGAUAUUUUAAAUGUUGCAAGUUAUUCGUCAGUAACAGAUUCAAGAUAUGCACGUACAGACAAUAAUGCUUCACCAGAUUCAUAUACUCUAUCUCAACGGACGGAAACUUUGGCUCAUCAGCAAAUAUUGUUAAAUCCACCAAUUGCUUCCAGUUAUACAUAUUAUUACGGUCAAAUGGUUGUACCUGCUUACCCGUUCCAGUAUGGUACAAUGUAUAUGAUGGUCCCAGUAGCAAUUUCAACCAGUUAUGGCACAGAAGCAACAAACACAAUGUCCGUGUACAGUAAUACUGCAGCUACAUCAGCUGGUUAUAACAAUGCUAAUGAAACUCUGGGAUCGUCUUCAGUCACUGGUUCAAGCAAUGACCAUGGAAGUUCAAGCAAAGUGGGCAUAUCCGGUCAACAAACAAAUCAAACUCAGGGCAUGACAAAUCAGUCUGUUCUCGCUACUAUGUAUCCCAGCAAAUCGAUAUCGAAUAAGCCUUAUGACAAACAACAACAGUCAUUUCAAUCUCCGCCACCGUUUUCUGUAACUAAUAAUGAUGGAGUUGGAGGUCAUCAUAGUUCUGGCAGUUAUCUUCCAGUAUUUAAUUCUUCUAUACUUACUAACAACCCUCAACCUCAUUAUAUCACACCAUUACAGCAUCAGGUUUGAAUUAAAAAUAUUUCUCAAGAACUUAGCAGUGAAACAGACAAUAUGAGUCCUAAUCAACCAGUAAAUCCUACAGCCAAUAAGUUGAAGGUUAAACAGAACUAUAGCUAAGGAGUCAGUAGCGCAACCACUUAGUUAUUUAAGGGAGGGUCCAAAAAAAUGUAUUUAAUUACUAUUUUUCUGUUCCUUUCCUCAGUAUAUACAUAUAUUCUAAUAUUUUACUAACACAAUUAUUAAAUAUAUCAUAUGAUAUCUUUAAGUUUUGAUGACAAUGUCAGGGAAUCUUUAUAAAAUAAAAAUAAAUACUAUGACAUUACCCAUUGGGAGAAUAGUGAUCAUACAGAUGUAUCAUUUUCUCCUCUUAACACGUUCAUGACCGCAUGCAAAUUGUGUAUCCUUAUAAAAAACCAAAAAUACAUUUUUGGAAAAAUUACUUUUUUUUUACAGAAAUAGAUUAAUUUCACUGCUUAAAUAACAAAUUUGAUCAUUUACAACUUUUAAAAGCUCUAAAUUUCAUGUCAACUUAUGUUGACACUGGUUUUUUUUAAGGAUACUCAUUAUAAAAACCCACUUGUCAACUAUGAUUGACAUAGAAAAUAAUAUAAAAAUACCAACAAAUAAAUAAAAUAAUAGUUAUAAUAAUUAAAUUAUAAAAUCAAAAUUGAUACAACCCUCAUAGAUAUGAAAUAAACUAUUAAAAAUAAAAAAAU